AUCCGUAGUAGCACGGCUGAAUACAUAAGGGUCGAGCAUCGCCGCCGUCUACACAAAUCGAGCUCCAUUACAAAAGAAGGAUAAAACAAAAAUUCAAGAUGCCUGGCUCCAAGACUAGCCAGCCCUGGUGGCCUUCAACCCCAGGACACCGUGGAGUAAUUCACUAUCUUUGUGUGUAUCUCGGCGUCUUGUACACUCUUUUCCCCACCGCCUACGCCAAUUCUUUCCCAUGGCGACUGCUCUCACGUGCUGGUGUGUCCACUAGUGGCGGUACCAGUACUGCGAUGAGUGCCACCACCCCUACGACUACACAGACGAUAGCAUACUCCUCUGCCGUCGUAGUCGAAUCCCGCGUGUCCGCUCAGCUAUCUCAGUUAGCAAGCGUGCCUCCUAUUCCUCUGCCCACAACUAUCCAGGACUACGAAACCUGGACACAGGUUGCCAGUCUGAUGCCCCCCAUGCAGACCAACGAUGGGAAAGGGGAGCAAGACAUUCUAGACAUGAUGACUGCGAUGAGAAACUCGAUCAAGACAGAACCAGACUCGAACGUGGCAGACAGGGUUCAGGGACUUGUCGGAAGAGACGAAGGCACCCUGCGAGUAAUGAUCGUAGGGGACUCCAUGACCCAGGGGAAAGAAGGGGACUACACGUGGAGGUAUCGGAUCUGGGAGUGGUUCCGGGCGCAAGACAUUGCCGUCACCUUUGUGGGGCCCUACACAGGGACCGUGCAGCCGGAUCCUGCCGAACCGCCCACUCCGCCGCCGCUCUACGGGGAAGAGACCGCCUCCGACCAGCCCAAGACCAGCGGCGGGUACGCGGCGGACGUGGCGGCCGACUUCGAUCGCCAUCAUUUCGCCGUCUGGGGCCGUGCGGCGGCUGUCGACAAGGGCUUGAUUCGCGAUGUCCUCGGUGCCCAUCCAGCUGACUUGAUGCUGUUGAUGCUGGGGUUCAAUGACAUGGGUUGGUUCUAUAGUGAUGCCCCUGGCACCCUGGACAGCAUCCAAACCCUGAUCAGCAAUGCCCGCGCCGUCAAUCCGAAUCUUAAGUUUGCCGUCGCCAAUGUCCCGCAGCGCAGCUUUAUUGGGGGCCGCGAGGAUCUGCCCAUCAGUACCAAUAUCUACAAUGCGCUACUGCGAGAUGCGAUCCCGGAAUGGAGUACGACGGAUUCCCCCAUUCACCUGGUGGAGCUGCAAGAGAACUACGAGUGUGAGCCGAGUGCGUGCCCCGUGGGCUAUGAUGGGCUUCAUCCAGAUGCCGCGGGCGAGUAUCAGAUAGCUCGCGCUUUCAGUCUCACUUUGGUGAAUGAUUUCAAGAUUGGAAGCUCGCCAUUAUCUAUUCCGGAUAGCAUCCCCGCAAGACCUCUCCCCGUGCCGUCCAACUUCCAGGUGUUCAGCAGUGCUACGGGAGUCACGGCAACAUGGGACGCUGUAUACGGAGCAUAUAGCUACGAUGUCUCGUCGCGAAUUCAAGGCGGCAUCACCGACUUCUCGGCAGGAAGUGUUAGUGCAGCUCGUUGGGAUUCAACUUGGCCAGAAGACGGCUGGGUCUACGAAGUCAAGGUCCGCGCCAGUGCGGGUGACAACAUUAAGGGCGACUGGACUUCGGUCCUGUCCGCGACGGCACACCCGCAGACAGCGGCCGCUCCUCGUAACGUGGUGGUCAAACCCACCAGCAGCGGGUUCGACAUCUCCUGGGAUCCUCCAACAGGAGCUUACACAGACUCGAUCAUCGAAUACAAUGUGCUCUACUGGGACAAGUCAGAGGACUGUUCUUACAUCACUGGGGGCGCUUUCACGGGCACCUCCGGGCACAUCGACAACCUCACGCCAGGCCAUUACUACUUUUUGGCUAUUGAGACUUGGAAUGCAGCAGGCGAAGGUUUCCCCGAAGUGGUCACGGGCGUAGUUCCUGGUGCUGGCACGCCUUCCACGCCCACUGAUCUUACGAUCGUGGCGAAUGACCCGACCACCGUCCAUAUGACCUGGAGCAAGUCGGCCGACGCGGCAGGAUACCGUUUGUGGUCGCGGAAUGUCAACGACCCUGGCAGCGUGUUAACGGCACAGAAUGCGACAGUGGAGACCACCUGUAGUGAUCAGUAUUUCUUGUUCCCGGGCACUUGGAACUAUGAAUGGUGUGUUAGUGCUUUCAACGGGUAUUUGGAAUCCCCCACUGGAACAUGUGUCGUGGCACCUUCUCCCACUGCCAGUGGAGGUGCCGGUCAGUACUGCCCAUCCCCGCCCGCGUGGUGUCCUAACGGCGGAAGCGCCGGCGGCGGCGGGAGUGGCACUGGCAGCAGCACGACAAGUUCAUCCACGUCUGUCCCUACCGGAGACCAGACGUGGCCAGUCGUCACAAAUGGUCAUUGUGAGGGACCUGAUUGCAAGAAUGGGCAAUGCACAGGACUCAUGUGUGCCUCAUUCGGCUGCAGUGGGACGGGCUGUCUCAACGGCAUGUGCACAGGCCCAACGGAUUGUACCGUCCGCGGGUGCAUCGGUCCAGGAUGUAAAGACGGAGUCUGCGUCGCCACAGGCUGCGUGACAUCCGGCUGUGUGGGCCCUGACUGUGGCAGUAAUGGCAAGUGUAACGGAGACAACUGCAUUGCCUUGGGCUGUUCUGGACCUGACUGUGGUAGUGACGGCGUUUGUAACGGUCCGAACUGCUGGGAGGGAACUUGCGGUGGUGCCGACUGUGCAUCAGGUCUCUGCGCAGGCAACACUUGUACUAGCUAUGACGGUUGCACGGGCAGUGAUUGCUCUACUGCUGGAGGGAGCAAUUGCUCAGGCGAUAGCUGCAGUAGUUGUGCGGGUCAAGAUUGCAACAAUGGCAAGUGCACAGGCAACGACUGUAAUGGAUGCACAGGGAAGGAUUGCCAUUCUGGACGGUGUGUCGGAGACAAUUGUCGAAGCUGCACUGGAAGAGACUGUGAUACAAGUUCUGGUCAAUGCACCGGUUCGCAGUGUAGUGCCUGCGUGGGGACAGACUGCGCCUGCUCCAACGGACACUGUGGCUGCAAAGGCGCACACUGCACGGCAUGUCUCGGACUUGGAUGCGGCUGCUCCGGUCUUUCAGCUCUAUUCUGUACCUGCUCCUCAGCCGGAUGCAGUGGUUGUACUGGCCUUACAUGCGGUUGUUUCGGGGAAAGCUGUGGCUGUACGGAUCCUGGCGGCUGCAGCAGCUGCAGUGGCAAUGGCUGCGAGUGCUUCGACCCUGAAGGCAUUUGUGUCGGAGGUACAGAUACGAGUCCAUCCACUACUCCAAGCCCUACCAGCUGUACAACAAGCACAACCAUCACCGACUGUGCAGUGGGAUGCUCCGUCACGAACUACGGUGACACAUCACGCGCGACAACAUGCUUCACUACGCAAUGUUCGACUGUUCUAGGAUGCGAGGCCCAGGGCACAACAACCACUACGGAAACGACGACAAAUCUAUGUCCAUUGUCUAUGUAUGUAGGCACAGUGGGGACUUGGGAUCCUAACGGACCAAUUCCAACUCUUGGUACGGAUAACAAAUACACUGCCAGCAGUGAGGCAUCAACAACAGAGCCUCCAACAACAACUACUAGUACUACCAGCACAACUAGCACAACCUCCUCCUCUUCCAGCACCACUUCUGAACCCUCCCAUACAACAUCACUACCCCUACCCACCAGCGGCGAGUCGGAUACGCGAAAGUAUUACUGCUUCAAAGAUCAUCACGACAGCUCAUACGCCACGUUCGACGCAGAAGAACUUAAAUCCGUAGCAACCUCCCUAUGCGACUCGGGCAACUCCCUCGCCCCCGACGGCCCGCCAUACACCACCGUCUACUCCGACCCCUACGGAACCAAUGUAGUAGCGUCUAUCCAAUGGGCAGACGAUCAAUCAGGCUGCAAAGACGAGAAGACAUUCAAAUUUUCUGGUGAUUCAUGCGUGGAAACCUUCCAAAAGAUCAGCUCAGGAUGCGGAGACGACCACGCAGACAUGUACGGCGGUGGAAUGGUCAUUCGAACCAACAAGGGCGGAUGUGUGCAGUGGUUGCUGUACGGCCACAGUGUCAAGGCCGAAUGCAGCUGCAAUGAGGAUGGCUGCACGGAUGACAGUCCCGCUUGUUGUGCCAAUGGCACCUGUGAUACGGAUCAGAAGGCGACGGUCGCGAGGGUAAGGUUGAUCAGGCCCGAGGAGGUGGAUACUCGCUACAGUGCGCAGUUGAAUGCGAAGCUGCAUGCAAGUGCGAAUCUUACCUCCACUGUACUCGCAUCUGGUGGGAUUGGGACUCCUGUGGCAGAGAUUUGAGGGGUGUUUACUGGUUGAUCAUAUUGGGCGGAAAUUUGGAAUGUGUAUGCUAUAGUGUAUAUGACUAGCUAUAAUAGGGUCGUAAAAGUGUAUAUCACUACUUACCUACUGGG